GUGAGUUCAAACUACCCAAUCAAACUUUCAAACUAAGGUCCAGGGUUAAGGGCAGGAGGGAUUAUUUUGGGCGGCUGGGUUAAAGCUGGGGGUUAUUUCAGGCAUCGUGCUGGAGAGGUAGGAUGGGACUGCAUCCAUCUUCACUGUUUACAGAGACAGAAGAUCAGAAAUGCGUGCGUGUAUAGAGUCAUCACAUGACUCAGCAGCGUUUAACUCAAUCCAGGCACGACUACACGACCGCGCGCGCGCGCACGCGCUUUCUAUCAGGUGUUAGUUCUUCUGACAACUCUAAAGGACUCCCUUUCUCUUUCUCCCUCGCUCUGUCUCUCUCUCUCUCCAAAUAUGACUCUGUUUCUCCGCACAGUGAAGCACAGCCUCUGACAUGCCAGCUUACACCGGCGGAUCCUACAAGGGGGAGAGAAUUAAAGCAAUGCAACUGGUCCGUUUCUUGUUUAAAGAAAACCUCAGUUUAACUCCAUCCUAGAUGUAGCUUCACUCAGCCCGAGUGUGUUUGCGAGCACAGACCUUAAACAAAGAAAGAGCUCUGCCGGCGCUGGGCUGACGGGGCUGGGUCUGCUCUCCAGACUGCAAACUGAUUUUUUUUUUUUUUUUUAGACACCGACCGAAUCGGAUCGGAUCGGACACAGGAUAGCAGGCGGGUGACCGACCAGUGCCAGAGUUUAAGAGAGGGGGGGUCCCGAUCCAGAGAGUGUAUGCGUGUGUGCAGCUAUGGGAAAGGACUACUACAAGACCCUGGGCAUCCCCAAGGGCUCCAAUGAGGAGGAGAUCAAGAAGGCCUACCGGCGCAUGGCGCUGCGCUUCCACCCUGACAAGAACAAGGAUGCCAACGCCGAGGAGAAGUUCAAGGAGAUCGCGGAGGCCUACGAGGUACUCAGCGACCCCAAGAAGAGGGUCGUCUACGAUCAGCUAGGAGAGGAAGGUCUGAAAACGGGAGGCAGCAGCUCUUCGGGCGCUCCUGGCGGCACAACGUACCACUACACCUUCCACGGAGACCCCCACGCCACCUUCGCCUCCUUCUUCGGCGGCUCCAACCCCUUCGACAUGUUUUUUGGCUCCAACCGCAGCCACAACCGCUCCAACGGUUUCUCCUUCCACAAUGACCACGACACGGAGCAGGACAUGGACAUGGAUGAGGAUGACCCCUUCGCUCACUUCGGGAGGCAGUUUGGAUUUCCAGGGGGGGUGAACAACGGCUUCCCAGGGGAGGGCCGCAGGAGGAGGGGGGUGCCUUCAGAGCGCCUGGGGACCGGGCGAAAGCACCAGGACCCUCCGGUAGUCCACGAGCUGAAGGUCUCCCUGGAGGAGAUCUUCCACGGCUGCACCAAGCGCAUGAAGAUCACCCGCCGCAGACUGAACCCAGAUGGCAGGAGCAUGAGGACAGAGGACAAGAUCCUCAACAUUAUAAUCAAGAAGGGCUGGAAGGAGGGAACCAAGAUCACCUUCCCAAAGGAAGGGGACGAGACCCCCGAGAACAUUCCUGCUGACAUAGCCUUUGUGCUUAAAGAUCGAGGGCACGCCCACUUCAAGAGGGACGGUUCCAAUAUAAUUUAUAACUGCAAGAUCAGUCUAAAAGAGGCAUUGUGUGGCUGCACAGUUAGCAUACCCACGCUGGAAAACCGCAUCAUAUCGCUCCCCUGUCACGAUAUCAUCAAGCCAGGGACGGUGAAGCGGCUCAGAGGGGAGGGCCUGCCAUUCCCCAAGAACCCGUCACAGCGCGGUGACCUCAUCGUGGAGUUUUCUGUCCGUUUUCCCGACAGGAUCCCCCCUCAGUCCAGAGAGAUCAUCAGACAACACCUCCCCCAGUCGUAGGAAGACUCACCGUCAACCUCUUCCCUACCACACACUCCAGACUCAGUGGCCCUAAACCCUAUAAAACCGACCCUUAUUGGGCUUUUAUCUUAUAUUUUGACCCUCAUUGUAGUUCCCCUUCCCACUUCCAGUCUCCAUCAUGUCCUGUGUGACAGCACGUUGAUCUGGGUCGGGACUUUGCAGUGGGAGGAUGAGGGAAGUAUUCCGAGAUGAAUGGCAGUAUCAGGAUGUAAUUAUUUCUUCUGUCUUUUGGCCCAAGCACACACACACACACAAACACACACACACACACACACACACACACACACACAAGCGUCCGAAGCAGUGGAGCGGCGCUGAGGACGGGCUCAGCACAAUCGUGGCUUUUACAGGAUCGUCUUUUCUUAACUCUGUUUUUUACGGAUUUAUCUGUGGUUUUAUAUGCUGUCCAACUCUCUGAUCCUUUUUGUGAUAGAUUGAAGUGUGAGAUAUUUUUUAAAAGACACCUUUUUUUCCAGGAUUUUCUUUUCCAAAGGAAGUUUCAAAUAGGAUUAUUUAUUUAUACUUUGGGUGUACCAGCAGCUUCAGUGUGUUCCGUGCGAAAAAAAACCAGUUUUGACACGACCCCCUCCCUGCCACCUGCUUUACUCCUGCUUUCAGUCUGAUGAAGCAUUGUGCUUGAAGUCUGUAGGCCUUUUACUGUUUAGUAAGAUCUGUCUCCCCGUGAUCAGUUGUAGUUUGACGCGCGCGCACUUAAAGGCUCGCAUUACUUCAAAUAAUAUCUUAGCUGCAUUGGAAAAUUUGGGAAUGACAAUCACAUACUGUAACAGCAGUGUAAGCUUGGAUGACACAGUCUGCACAUAAUAUGGGUGCUUUCCCUUCUGAGCUGUGUGGCUCCCCUGAACUCAGUAGCCUGGCUCACUAUCUGAGGGACAUUUAGGUGCCUUAGCCCCGGGGUCACACCACAUAUGUGAACACACACACACACACACACAGAGGUCAUACUGUAAUAUACAUACAACCAAGCAUGUUAAGUGCACAACAGACAAUGCCCUGUGCUGUGGUAGACAUUACCAUGCUCCCAGUGGUGGGGAUCUUGGAAAACCGGUAAGCAAUGUUAAGUCAAUCAACAUUUAGUACUGUAUGAACACAAGGAGAUUUUUAGGUAAAGAUUUGAUACAAGACUGGUGAAUUUUGCCAAUGUUUCCCUGUAAAGUGCCGUACAAAGACGGGCUGGAUCUCCCAGUUAAUCUGAGGUAGUAAAAAGUAGAGAUUUCUCUGGGCGACCCAGCUUUGUUGUUUAUAUUCUGCUUUCUCUUUCGCCAUUUGAAGGCAACGUCUCGGUGCUACUGUGAGCAGUGCCAAAAGCAGACCCCUCCUCCAUCGGGAUCUGCUCUUUGGCUUCUUGAAGUUUGUGAUUUGAUAACUGCUUCUGUCUUCUGUAACAUCUGUACAUUAACAUCUGUUUUUGUUUUUUUUUUCAGUAGAGAAACCCCUGUUUAGGAAACAGGUUUUGUAACACUGCAGCAGCUGCUCUCUGUCUCAGCUGCAGGGGGCUCUGAAAGCUCUCUUCAGCUCUUCCUACUGUAGUUUAAAGCAAUGACGACAGUAUGUGUGAGUAUGGUUUAUGCAGAGAGCACUGGUGGGUCGUAGGUAACAUGCGAAUGGGAAAAUGUUUGAAUGCGAAUGUUGAUUAAAUGCACUUUUAUGUCAUAAAAAGGUUCUGACAAAACAUUAAGGUGACGGGGGAGAGACUUGAAUGACUGGUCUGAGUGUGUGAGCGUCCUGCCUCUCAGAGCCUCCGAGGGCGCUGGACUGGACACUGCUGCUGAGCGACUCUGCUUCUGUGCAUUUGACAAUAUUUAUGAUCUUUUCAAAGUGACAACAAAUAAACCAAAUGUGUGAAGUUCA